UAUUAGGGCUCCGAACUCAAAACGAACUUCUUCCCGGUUUCCAACCGAUAUUUGCUAAUCCUCGUACCUCGAAGCUCAUUCCAAACGCUUUCUGCAAAAUCAAUAGAUUUUGCUGCAAAAGGAUGUCCUUCAUUGAUGAAUUUGAAACCAAUUUGGAAGUGCUGCCAAAUAUACUACAGAAGAAGUAUGGAUUGAUGCGUGAUCUUGAUAGAAGUUUACAAGAAGUCCAGCGGCAAAAUGAUCAGCGUUGUCAACUAGAAGUAGAGGAUAUGAAGCAACGCAUUAAGAGUGGCAAUAUUGCAUCAGACUCAUCACUUAUAAAGUUCUCAGAUGAUGCAUUGGAUGAACAAAAGCAUGCCAUCAGGAUUGCUGACGAGAAAGUUGCAUUAGCUAUUCAGGCAUAUGAUCUAGUAGAUACUCAUAUUCAACAGCUUGAUCAGUACUUGAAAAAAUUUGAUGAGGAGCUCCGUAGAGUUGCAGAGAGAGAAAAUGCAGUAGCCACAGGUUCAACUACUUCAAAUGUUGACAACAAUGUGAAAUCUGGAAGAUCUGGUGAUAGUAGCAAAGGGGGCCGUAAAAAGACUCGUCUUGCAACAGCAACACCCGCAGCUAACCCAACCGGUAUGGAUUUGGAUCUACCUGUUGAUCCAAAUGAGCCAACAUAUUGCUUCUGCAACCAAGUCAGCUACGGUGAAAUGGUUGCAUGUGACAAUCCAAACUGCAAGAUAGAAUGGUUCCACUAUGGUUGCGUUGGCCUUAAAGAGCAGCCUAAGGGUAAAUGGUACUGUUCUGAUUGUGCUGGAAAGCGCGGGCGUAAGAAAGGCAAGUAAUAAAAGUGUGCGCAGAGAAAUUGUGCCAUUUCAGUUCUUAUUGUCGGUAGACAUGGAGUAACUUUGUGUAUAUUAUUUAUUGCUUCGGUUUUAAUCUCUUUGUUGCUCCCUCUGUAUCUUUAUCUUUAUGGUGUCACAUAAUAUCUGUAAGAGGUUAUGUUAAUGUGUAGUAGUUUUUGUAAGAGAAGGUUUAGUUGAAAACAUGAAAUGAAGCACCCAUAUUUGUAUUAACUAUUGUUGCCCCUAAUGUUGUAUUUGAGUUUUCUCUUAAACCUUCUUAUU